AUGGGGCCAGGAGUUCAGGGCUCUGUCAGGCUCAAGCCUGGGGUGCUGGGGCUGCUGGUGGUGGUGUCCAGCAGCUGUGGCAAGCGGUACACACUCCAUGUGGUGUGCGCCCUGGUGCUGGCUGUGCUUGUGGCUCUGGUCCUGGCUUUGGCCGCGGCUGUUGCUGUGCUAUCAGCAGGAAGGCAUGAAGGGAGUCCGGAUCUGCCUGCGGCUCUGGUGCUGGCCUGUCCUGAUGGCUGGGUUGGGUACCACAAGGUCUGCUACUACCUCUCGAAGGAGGAGGGGAGCUGGGAGUGGAGCCAGGAGCAGUGCUCCUCGCUCGGGGCCCCACUGGCUGUGCUCAAGAUGAGGUGGGAAAUGUGCCUGGGGCUGCGGAGGCAGGGCGAGCGCCUGGAGUGGGUGGAUGGCAGCAGCUUCAACCACACGUGCGCUUUCCCUCCUGGCUUUUGGAGCGUUGGAGGACACGUGUGUGACGUGUCGGCUGCCCCCCCGGGGUCUUCUCCCUCGAGCCGUGGCAGCGUGGGGUGCCGGCAGCUGGAGGGGGAUGGCUGGAGCUCUCUGCUGGAGCCCGUCACGCGGCGCUGGCUCUGCCCGAUGCCCGGUCCUGACCCCCUCAAGAAGGUGCUGCUGCGGGAGCCCCAGAAGCAGCUGAAAGCAGCCGUGGGCGUUGGGGACGAACCCGACCAGGAUGAGCUCACACCACUACGCUUCCUCUCUGCAUUUGCCUCUGCUAAGGAUGACAAUCCAGCUAGAAGAGUGAUAAUCCCCCGCGUUAGAGCAGGCGCAGGCUGCGAGCAGCAGAAUGGCAGUGUGCUUCAAACCCGGGCUGAAAAAACAGUGGGAUUACAGGGAAAUCGGAUCAACCCUUGGAGCGAGAGCAAGCGGGACUGCGUGAAUCGGGGUGCCGAGCUGCUGAUGCCGGGGGACCAGGAUGAGCUGGGUUUCGUAAAGGAAGUCGUACGGAAACCCACCAGGUCCUUCUGGAUCGGCCUCUCCGUCCCCUCCGCCGGGAAGGGCUGGACCUGGCUGAACGGCUCCCGCCUGGACCAGGGCCGGUUCCAGCUGAGCCCCUGGGACGAAGGCAGAGCCUGCGGGGUGCUGAGGGGCUGCAAGCUGGGCUGCGACUGGGAGAGACUCUUGGGGACGGGCCAGGAUCCAGGCCCUCAGAGACGAGACAGGAUAGGGACUCUCAAGAGACUCUCAGCCUGUCACCACCCCGAGGACACCCUGGGCAGGACAAUCCGAGGAUGCCAACCUGCCUCCACCCGCCGCCGGGGCAAUGCCGCGUCUCAGCGUGGGCUGAAAAGCCUUGAGCCGGUCGGUUUUAGCCUCAAGUGCAUUAAAGAUAAAAAGGUCCCCAUCGGGGUCACCGUGGUCGUAGCAGCGUUGCUUCUCACCAUCAUCGCGUUGGCGGCUAAGAAACGCCCGUCCUGUCCAUCCUGCCCCUCUCCCGUCCUUCGCAGCUGCCUGGAAAACGGGAUCGGGUACAGGGAGAAGUGCUUUUACUUCAUGGAGGACGAAGCGGACUGGAACAGGAGUCAGAACGCUUGCCUUUCUCUCGGAGCCCAUUUGGCUACCAUCGACACCCGGGAGGAGCUGCGUUUCCUCUUGCGCUAUGGGAGUUCCUUGCACUACUGGGUCGGUCUCCAAAGGGAAGGCUCUGGACCUUGGAAAUGGUUCAACGGGUCUCUCUUCAACAACCCGUUCGAUGUCCGGGGCAAGGGACAAUGUGCCUAUAUCAACGUUGACGGGAUCAGCAGCGACUGGUGCUCCCAGAUGAAAUACUCUGUCUGCAGCCACCCGCAAAAGCGCCCCAGCGGGAUUCGGAAGGAUUCAGAAAUCUUCUGA